AUGAAAGAGACGGAAGAAAGUGAAGAAAGCUUGAUGUUAAAGGGUUUUGGAAAGCUAUAGAAUUUGUUUUUUUUUUUAUAGGUUGAAAGAGUGGCACACCAAAGAUUUUAAAAGUAGUGAAAAUGCUUUGCCACGUUACCCGUCCGGAUUCGGUUGAUGAAGUGGAAGUUGAUGCGAAGGCGAACGGUGAAGACUGUCUGAAUAAGGUAGGACACUGUAGGAAGUUGGGUAUAAUUGAAGUGGACUACUUUGGACUGCAGUUCACUGGCAAAGGAGAGAACCUGUGGCUGAAUCUGAGGAACCGUAUCUGCCAGCAGUGGAUAGUGUUGGCCCCGUGUCGACUGAGGCUGCGGAUCAAGUUCUUCGUGGAGCCCCAUCUCCUUCUGCAGGAACAGACGAGGACACAUCUUCUUCUACACGUGAAGGAGGAUCUCCACAGUGGACACCUGCGCAUGGCCACAGAGCAAGCUGAGGAGUUGAGCGCACUCCUAGCACAGGCUGAAUUUGGCGACUACAAUCAGAACACAGCACAUUACUGGUACUCAGAAACUCUGGAGAGGGAGCCGAGUAAUGCCACCAUCAACAGUAUCAUUUCGAGACACAAGGUGUUGGAAGGUUUGACCUCCGGCUCGGUGGAGUAUCGGGCCCUGCAGCUGGUUUCCUCUCUGGAGCACUACGGCGUGGAAUGGCACUGGGCGCGUGAUGCCAGUGGCCAGCGCUUGGCUAUAGGAGUUGGCCCUGAGGGAAUUGCCAUCUGCAAAGAGGACUUCACCUUAGUUAACAGAAUAAGCUAUCUCAUCCAGAUUGCCACCCAGUCAGGGAAAAGCGUCUACCUGACUGUCACCAAGGACACACGCGACAGUGUGGUGCUUUUGUUUAAACUCAUUAGCAAUCGAGCAGCCAGCGGGCUGUAUCGGGCCAUCACAGAGACCCACGCCUUCUACAGGUGCGACACAGUUACCAAUGCGGUGAUGAUGCAGUACAGCCGAGAUUUCAAAGGACACCUGGCCUCACUGUUUCUCACUGAAAACAUCAACCUGGGCAAGAAAUAUGUCUUCGAUACGCGCACCGCCAAAGAAGUGUACGACCACGCCCGGCGCGCCCUCUAUAACUGCGGCGUCGUGGACCUGGCGCCGCGCUCCAUCAGCGGCGAUCGCUCCUCACCGUCACGCUCCCCGGGCCGGGACAACCAGCAGGUUGAGGGGGUGGACUGCGGAAGCUGUCAGCAGAGCCGAGCCCUGCAGGAGAGGCUUCAGAAGCUCAGAGAGGCGCUGCUGUGCAUGCUGUGCUGCGAGGAGGAGAUGGACGCCGUGUUCUGCCCAUGCGGCCACAUGGUGUGCUGCCAGGCCUGUGCGAGUCAGCUGCAGCUGUGUCCCGUGUGCCGGGCGGAGGUGGAACACGUGCAGCACGUCUACUUGCCCACCUGCACCAGCCUGCUGAACCUGACUCCCGACAACCACCAGCAACGCGGUAGCAUCCCGCCGCCCAUCUACAGAGACACGGCGUCGCCUCACAGUGAAUACGAGCACAAGAUCUACCACACGUGAAGGCGACUGCAGAAUCGUAACCAUUCCGACUCUAUCGGUACCGUUAAGGCCCUGCGGCCCGAUCGCCAUUUUAUAGACUGAAUGAUGAACUUAGCUUUUCACAAAGCUCCACAGACCCAAACCACUCCUGCUAGUCUGUGUUCCACUCUUUAUUUCUCUCUGACUUGUCUCUGUUUUGUUGGUUCUUAUGAUAUUUAAUUGAUUUCUUUCUUUUUUUAACUACGUUGUUGUGACAUAAUUUUAGAUUAGCUUAUCUGUAUUUAAAUUAUUACAUCAGUUGACCUGAUGCUCGGUAGAAACCUAGCUUUAAUUGUAUUCUGGUUUUGUUUUGCUCCAGCUUCGACAGACCUGAAAACUGUCCAUGUUUUGUUUUUAAGUUCACAAACAUUUAAGGGUCAUCUCUGUGGUGUGAGCAGAACUUUAUUUAGCAGAGUGAAUGCAACUUCUAAUUUUUUACUUAUUACAUUUCUGCUUUUCUGCCAAUGAUGAGGUAUUAGAGGCCAAGACAUCCUUCUGCGGGCGUCUCACUGCAUUUUGAUGAGAAACGAGGUCACCGAUGGCUUCGUUCUUGUGGAAGGUCAUGUGACCGUGGAAGAAAAAUGCAGGAUCUGGCAAACACUCCUUUGUAACUGUCGCUUUAAAAAAGAGAUUCUCAGGCUGCUAUCUCAAAAGAAGGGAACAAACAAAACAUUUCCUCACUAGAACCCAAACAUCGAGAUCAUGUAGGCAAAAAAAAAAACAAAAAUGGAAACUUGUCCAGCAGCAGUUGGUUCCACUAAAACCUCGGUUUGAAGUCUCCAGAGUGUACACUUGAAUUUAAUGUGUGCAUGUGUUUUUUGUUUUAAGGGGUACCGGGAGAACUUUCUGUGCAAUACUGCUGAUGACACCACCCCCCCCCCCCACCCACCCACAUACAUUGUAUUUAAUGUCAAAUAUAUUAACUCUACAUUGUCACUUUACCAACAAAGUUUUGUAGGAGUUUUGGCCUUAAUGUAGCAGCAUUGCCAUAAGAUAUUUUCAUGCUGACUUUGUUAAUCUCAGUCACUGCAGUGGAAGAUUUUUUUUUUCUCACUCUGGACAGUUAGUGACUUGUUUCUAUUUUCUGAAGCAAAGGCCACUACGCUCUGUGAAAUUGGAAUAAAAUCCUUUUUGUAUUCUGCUUUCAACAAAGAUUUAAUAAAGUUGGGUUAUUGAAGACCAUCUUGA